UUUAUCUUCUCUAGCGGGAUUCGAUUAUUUUGAAAUGCAUUCGACAUUGAUUCGGAAAUCACAUAACUAGAUUAUGUUGUAACAAUGUUAAAAGUGCAUAGAAGUGAGCGACACAAUUAAAAAUGUCCAAUUCAUAUCUAUUGGACUUCAUAGAAAAUUAAAGUUAAACAAUUCAAUCAAAAAUACUUGGCAUUCAAGAGGAUUACAGUGUUGAAAAUAAUUCAUAUCCCACUAUUUAUCAAUCAUUCUGCGGCAAUGUGUUCCAGCACAUCGUUAACCCUUGGAUUACUUUUCUUAGCUAUCUGCAGCCUGGUCCAGAGUCAUUUAAAUGUUUAUCUAAAUCUACAUGAGGUCAUGCGCCUAAUUGGUGUGUCUGCCGAAUUGUACUACGUACGCGAGGGCCAAGUCAAUGAUUAUGCCUUAAACUUUGCCGUUCCUGUGCCGGCGAACAUUAAUGAAAUAUCAUUUACAUGGCAGAGCUUGGCACAUAAUCCGCUGGCCUACAGUCUCAACAUAAUCACUUCAGAUCCGUCGGUGUUGCCGCGGCCAACAGUGAAUAUUUCGCGCAUAGGCGAAAUACCCUUAGAACCGCAGACAUUCGCCAUUGGCAUGAAAUGCUCCGGCCUUCGCGAUGCUGAGGUUGAAGUGACCAUAGCUGUGGAAAUUAUACUAGAUCAACAGACGCAUAACAUAACGGAUUUGGUGUUUAGACGUAAGAAAAAAUGUCAGGCCGGUCUGCAAGAGGAUAGUCACAACGAACCACACCAGAGUGUUGAGUUUAAUGGGGUUGGAGGCGUUGGUAUGCCACACAGUGGCUUGGGUGGCGAUGGAUUCAUGCACGACACAUCGUCUGUGGUUGACAGUACGCGCCUGGAGGAACACUCGUCAGAGGAUGGCGUCAACAAUCACCACCACAGUGAUAAUAGUGCCAAUACAGGUGGCAUGCCCAUGGGUGGAGGAAUAUUGCAUGAGUUUGAUCCCAUGUUGAAGGAGACAAUAGCUCCCCCAACUGGCAGUUUAAUAACAUUAAUAAUUGGCGUUGUUUUAGCUUUAAUCCUUGUGACAAUCUUAAUAUUGAUUGCUUAUUGUGCCAAGGGUCCAACAAAACGACCCAACCAUCAUGGAGUCCAUCUUAUAAAAACUGCCAGCUUUCAGCGAUUGCCCACCAUCUCCUCGACAGCGCACAAUUCUAUUUAUGCAUGUCCCUCCACCAUUACACCUACAUAUGCCACACUGACGCGACCCUUCCGGGAGUACGAGCAUGAGCCGGAAGAGUUUAGUCGACGUCUCAACGAAUUGAAUGUACAAAAGUGUCGCGUACGUCUCUCGUGUUUGCUGCAGGAGGGCACCUAUGGGCGCAUUUAUCGCGGUACUUAUAAUGACUGCCAGGAGGUCUUGGUGAAGACAGUGGCCCAACAUGCCAAUCAGAUGCAGGUGACUUUGUUAUUGCAGGAGGGCAUGAUGUUGUACGAAGCCGCUCAUCCCAAUGUUCUGUCCAUAUUGGGCGUAUCGAUUGAGGAUUAUACCACGCCCUUUGUUUUGUAUGCCGCUGCUAGCAACUCAAGAAACUUAAAAUUAUUUUUGCAAGAGCCAGCUUAUGCCCGAAGUGUGACCACCAUCCAGACGGUGUUGAUGUCAUCGCAGUUGGCCAUGGCCAUGGAGCAUUUGCACAAUCAUGGUGUAAUACAUAAAGAUAUUGCAGCAAGAAAUUGUGUCAUUGACGACCAGCUGCGUGUCAAACUUUGUGACAGCUCCUUAAGUCGCGAUUUAUUCCCUGGCGACUAUCAUUGCCUCGGUGACGGGGAGAAUCGUCCCAUUAAAUGGAUGUCACUGGAAGCUAUACAAAAGAAACAUUUUAAUGAAGGUAGCGAUGUGUGGUCUUUCGGUGUUCUAAUGUGGGAGAUGUGUACUUUAGCUAAGAUGCCUUACGCCGAAAUAGAUCCCUACGAGAUGGAACAUUAUCUCAAGGAUGGCUACAGACUCGCGCAACCAUUCAACUGUCCCGAUGAACUAUUUACUAUUAUGGCCUAUUGCUGGGCUUCACUUCCAACGGAACGGCCUUCGUUUGGCCAACUGCAAGUCUGUUUGUCGGAGUUUCACACACAAAUCACGCGUUAUGUGUAAAUCGCGCGUUGACUAAUUUCAACUUCUUUGUAAAUAUCUAGAAUUUAGUUUUAAGCGACGCGGCUGGCAAUGCUUUACACUGCAGCCAGCAGAAACAGAAUCAACCCUAAGACAAACAAAAGUAAAUUAUUUUUGUAGUUUGUAGAUAGUAUGCAACUCCUCAUCCCGUCCCAUUAACGUCUCGUCUUCUCCCAAAUGUUUCUCCUAAUUUGUAAUAUUACCAAA